UUCACUAGUGAGAGGAAAGGGACAGAGAGGAGAGGGUGAUGGAGUUCGCCUCUCUCAUCAAGGGCCCCGUCGGCUCUAAGGCCGAAGUCGGCGAGCCCGUCGCCCCAGAGGACGUCCUCACCGACGUCGUCCGCGCCGGGUCUGCCCUCACCGACUCCCCGCUCCACAAGUCCGGCGGCGUCCCCGACAACCUCAUCCCCAAGUGCGGCGGCGUCCCCGACGACCUCAUCCCCAAGUCCGGCGGCUUCCCCGACGACCUCAUCCUCAAGUCCGGCGGCUUCCCCGACGACCUCAUCCUCAAGUGCGGCGGCGUCCCCGACGACCUCAUCCCCAAGUGCGGCGGCGUCCCCGACGACCUCAUCCUCAAGUCCGGCGGCUUCCCCGACGACCUCAUCCUCAAGUCCGGCGGCUUCCCCGACGACCUCAUCCUCAAGUGCGGCGCCGUCCCCGACGACCUCAUCCCCAAGUGCGGCGCCGGCCUCGACGACCUCAUCCCCAAGGGCGGCGUCAUCAACGACCCCCUCUCCUCCAAGCGCGGCGUCAUCAACGACCCCCUCUCCUCCGAGCGCGGCGUCAUCAACGACCCCCUCUCCUCCAAGCGCGGCGUCAUCAACGACCCCCUCUCCUCCGAGCGUGGCGUCAUCAACGACCCCCUCUUCUCCAAGCGCGGCGUCAUCAACGACCCCCUCUCCUCCGAGCGCGGCGUCAUCAACGACCCCCUCUCCUCCAAGCGCAGCGUCAUCAACGACCCCCUCUCCUCCAAGCGCGGCGUCAUCAACGACGACCUCAUCCCCAAGGGCGGCGGCAUCAACGACCCCCUCUCCUCCAAGCGCGGCGUCAUCAACGACAACCUCAUCCCCAAGGGCGGCGUCAUCAACGACCCCCUCUCCUCCAAGCGCGGCGUCAUCAACGACCCCCUCUCCUCCGAGCGCGCCGUCACCUACAGCAUCCUCUGCAAGGACGGCGAGACUGCGAUGGCGGACGUGCUGCCCCACAUCGUCCAUUCUGCAGAGUUGGAGAAGAACCCAGGCUCCCCUACACUGAAGCGGCAGGAGCGCGAUGAAAACCCGGAAGAGGAGAAAUCUCUGUCCCCACCCAUGAAGCAUUGCGAGCAAUAUGAUGAAGAGGAGGAAGACAUUGUGGACAUCAAGGUGGAGCAACUGGAUCGCCCGCCGCUUCCACCGCGUCAGGUCAUCGGACCUGACGAACAUGGGUUCAAGCGCUACGUAGACUAUUCUUGGGUGGGGAAUCGCAAGGUCCGGACAGUGACCACCACGCGAGUGCACAAGAUAGCAACCGUGCGCGUUAGCAAAAGGGUUCUGGAACGCCGUAAGACCUGGUGUAAGUUUGGAGAUGCGGAGAACGAUGACAGGGAGAUAGCGAAGAUCCGGCUUCUAAGGACAAGUACAUCCGGCAUCGUGAAGCUUGAGAGGCCCCCAAACUUCAUCCCAGCAGCCAGUGUCCCUUCAGCCCCUGGGCUGUCGCCGACGAAGGCAGCCUCGGCUGCGCGCGAGCAAGUUCUUGCAAAGGGAGGACCGGCCGUGGCUGCUGCCAGGGCGGCUGCGGCAGCGGGAGCUGAAGCCCGCGGACUCGACGUUUACCCAGGCGAUACCAAGACAGAGAGUGAGUGCUUCGUGGUCAGGAUUGAUCAGUUACCGUUGGAGUCCACAGAAGACAAUGUUCGCGUGCUGAUGGAGCAGUUCGGUGGGGUGAAGCAUGUGUUCAUUGCAAGACACCCGAGGACCAGAGCGUCUCUUCGGUAUGCGUUUGUCUACUUCUUCGAGAAGGAAGAUGGAGAAGCAGCGGUCGAAGCUCUCUCUGAUGGGCUGGAAGCAAGGGUGGUCGGGAUGCUUACAUGUUAAACUGUCCGGUGGGAAUUAGUGUGGCAGUUAGAGGUUACUGAUGUGGGUUGUCCAAUUGGUAUUUCUCUAGAUAAGAGUCCAGUCUUUGUUGUGGUAUAGAGUUCAGUCGUGUUGAGAUGAACUGUCCAGAUAGAGUCCAGUGAUGUUGAGUGAUGUCAGACCACUUGCGAAUGAAGUUGAAUGGUUAUUUGCCUUGUCCGUGUGAUGAAUUUGUGUGAGUUUCGUGGAUACUAUUGUUGUGUUCUUAUCACUUUUAGGAUGAAUU